GAUCUCCGUGUGUUGUUUAUAAACCGUCCGCCUCUCUCGGCACCGACUGUCCUCCAGACUCUGAACCCGACAAUGAGCGCUCUUCGGCGGGCUGCGUGUGUCCUCUUCCUCGGCGUCCUCUGGGCCUCCCUCUCCCCGUCCUCCUCCUGCCGGCUCCGGAUCCCGCCUCACGACCAGGUGGCCCAGGUCGCCCGCUUCGUCGCGCACCAGUGUGACUGGGCCUCCAUGGCCACCAUCUCCACCCACAAGCCGGUGGUGGGGCAGCCGUUCUCCAACGCCUUCUCGGUCAGCGACGGGCCGGAGGGCUCCAGCUCCGGGGUGCCCUACAUGUACCUGACCCGCAUGGAGAUCUCCGUGCAGGACCUGGAGGUGAACCCUCAGGCGUCUCUGUCCAUGUCUCUGGCUCAGACUGAGUACUGCAGACAGCAGGGCUUCGACCCUCAGAGUCCUCUCUGCGCUCACAUCAUCCUGUCUGGAUCUGUGAUGGAGGUGAACGGGACGGAGGCGGAGUUCGCUAAGAAAGCUCUGUUCAGUCGACACCCGGAGAUGAUCGACUGGCCGUCUGACCACAACUGGUUCUUCGCAAAGUUCAACAUCACACAGGUGUGGGUGUUGGAUUAUUUUGGCGGGGUGAAGACCGUCACACCGGAGGAAUACUUCCAGGCAGCGCCGCACAGGAAGCACCACUAACGGAGGCCGAUGGUAAAGCGGGGUCGACCUGUGAGAUGUGCUGCAGGAAGCCAGCUGCAGUGUUGGUGUUUGGCCACUAGAGGGAGCUGCUGAGUUUCUAAUCAAAGACAAAACAGAAAGGAGUCAAAAAUACAAUUCAGUUGUUUUCAUAUUUUUACUGCAGAGAUGACUGAAUAAGAAUAUAAAACUAUAGUAACUACGUGUAAACUUCUGUCUUUAAUAGACUUUAAACGUUAUGUUAAAGUCACCAAAAUUGAAAACUUAAUCUUAAAGUUGUAAAAAAAUGUUCCUCUGUACCUAUUUUAUAUUUUGAUGUAACAGAAAACACUUUAAAUUGAAGGUGUUUCUCUUUUUCUUGCUUUGGUUUGGUUUCGUGGCUGCGUGCAGCUCAACACACCAAACUCCAUUUAGUAAAACUAAGAUUUAAGGUGUGUGAUUUUAUAGGAUUUGCACUAGAAAGCAACAGCAACAAGCUGCACUUUAUAACUUUGUCAUGGAUGACGAGAGUGAACAGAAAUAUUCAGAAAGAUAUUUGAUUACAGGAGUAUUAUGAGAAAAUGUUGAUCUACAGAUGCCAUUAAUAAAGCUUAUAACUAUUUCUACAAAACAGCUUUUACUACAAGAGAAGUGAAAAGUUAUUUUAAUGACUACAUCGCCCUUUUCAGGCCGGUGAGCCGGUGAUCUUGAAUGUUUCUUCUCACUUCUGAAAGCAGAUCAGUAACUUUAAUCACAACUUCUAAAGUCGAAUGAAUCUGUUGCAUGUGUGAUGCCUUAAACUUUGUUUUACUUCAGUAACUUUACAAUAAUCAGCUUUUUCAUGCUGGUGGAAAAUAUAUGCUUUCACAACAUCAUAAGAAGACUCUGCUGUGAAAUUGUAUUUUUUUAAAAAGGAAUAUAAACUGGUGAUUUGUAUGAAUAAAGUUUGUGCUUACAACACAAAAA